AUGGCAGAUAGCGCAGCUAAGACUGCACUGGAAUAUCUUAGAGACCCAGCAGUUAUCACAGGUCUUGGAGCAGCAGCUGUCGCCUCAAUGUACUACCUAGCAUCACGACCCACUCCACAACCAUGUCCCGUCGACCCCAUGAAACAAUCGUACGAGUUACCGGUGAGUAGCCUAAUACCACGUGUGAUAGUAAGUGAUACUUAAAGUGCUUUAGUUGGCAUUGGUUUCGAUCGGUUUGUUUCAAUAUCAUGAUAUGAAUAUGCAAUUUUUUGUUGAAAUUGUUCUUUGGUGACAAGAUUGAAUACGUUGUCUUUUUGGCCGUGAAGCCAAUAAGUUUAUUUUUUUCUGGACUUUACUCUUCAAGCUGAGAAAAUACAUGAAGAACACGCGGAUGCCAGUCUCAAGAAUGAUGUAAAUGCCCAUAUAUGGAGUAACUUUUACUUAUCUACAGUUGGAAAGACUCCAAUAAUUCUUUGUGCAACACACCCCCUCAUUCAAUCAAAGUAGGAGGUUUUUUUUUUACCCCAAAGCUCAUAUUGUGCAUCAAUAUUCUUUAAUAAGGUUGCAAGAUUCCAUUUUAAUCUUAUUUAUAAUUUUGGGCAUAUAUGAUAUGAUGGAGGGAGUCUUCAGUCCUUCAAAUGCCAAUAAACCCACCCUGUCAUUUUAUAAUUUUUGACCAAUUUAGCCUGCAUAGUAAGCAUUUCUGUGCGAUUUUGUUGAGAAAGUUGGGACGAGAGCAUAAAAAAGAAGAUGGUGGAGGGGAGAGAAAGAAACCCUUGCCUGCAAACCUCACGAUUUUAAAAAACUGCUUUUGCCUACGAGUGCAGCUUCUGAUUUGUGCUUUGAUGUUAGUGUUGAUUGCAUAGCAAUCAAUGCAUCAAUCAAACUAGAUAUGUUUUGUUUGUGUGCGUCGCAGAUCUAGUCCAAUAUGAUCUCUGGUCGUAGAUUAAAAAUGCUUAAAUGGACUGCUAUUUAUUAUUGGAAUCGUGUUUGUGUGAAGGUUUACCAGAUCUGAGCUAAAACGAGGCCUCGCUAGCAUCGUUGUCACUUCGCCCCUUCAAGGUGUUACCCUGUGAGCAGAUGUUUUUCUUUUGCAUGGCUUUUGGCGUUUCUUGUCUGUGGCGUAGGUGGUUGGCAUGUCUUGUCUGUGGCGUAGUUGGUUUGUUUUUGCUCUGUUUCUCACGGGGGUUUCUCAAUGCGACAGGGACAAAGAAAGGCACAAGUACAAUAAUAGUAAAUACUGACAGCGACAUGCCUUCCUCCUGAGGGUGCAAAACAACGGGCUUCGAAAUUCAGACUAGGGACAUACAAUCUAUGCCAAUGCCCCCCUCCCCCCCCCUACUUAAGAGGGCCUCUCCGAAAGAUGUCAAAGAGAGUAACACAGAGAAAAUGACCACUGAACAUACGGUUUGAAUAGUCUUCUUAUGUUGUGUUUUAUUUCCUUCAGCUUGGGAGCCUGGAAGCAUGUGUUUGAAUAUUAUUGUUUUAAAGGUAACCUUUUUAAUGUGAAAGUCUCUGGUUUGUAAUAGACAUCUAAAUUGUAUUUGUAGGAUGGUGAUUAUGCCAGAAUGAAUUCUCUGACAACAGAACUGGUUGAAAGACUGUUUGAUGAUGUGACCACAAGCCAUGAAGCCUUUCUACGUGGAGUUAGGAUAUCAGGUAAUAAUAAUAAUAUUAAUAAAAAUAAUAAUAAUAAUAAUAAUAAUAAUAAUAAUCAGGGUGGCCAUUAGGCAUCGGAGAUUGGAGAAUUCUCCAUUUACAAUGCAGAAUUCUUGAACUAAUGUUCGGCAGUUUAUGACUAUUUUUUAUUCAGACGUGGAGCCUCUUUUAAAAUAUUCUCCAGUAACGUCAUACCUUUCUCCUGCUAUUAGGAUUCUUAACGAAAACCCUGAAUAAUUCAGUUAUUUACCCUCGGCAGUAUUUAUAGCACUAAUGCUAGUGCGGCUGAGCAAGUGCCUGAAGCAAAUAUUCAAAUUGAACUUAAUGGGGUUAAGAAUCCCAACUGGCCAGCUGGAUAUUUACAACCGUGGCUGAGGAUAUGAACUUGGGACUACCAUGAACAAAGUGAACUAGUGGUUAGAGUGGGACUUGAACUCAGGGUCUCCGAAUCGCAAGUGCAGCUCUUAACCACCCUGCUACUCUGCCUUCUAAUAAGGUUACAUUGUAUUACUCAGAGUUAUCACAGAAAACGCAAGAUUAAAAUAACUGCAAGUGCUAUUAACUACCUGACCUCUCCACAAAUUGUCCUUUUAAUGGCAAAUGGUCGAUGUGUUUCCACUAACAUUUUUUAACAUGUUGACUGCAAAAUAAUAAUUGUGACCUUUUCACAAAUGCAGUGCCCACAAAAGUGCAUCCUACAUGUGGAUGCUAGAAUGACCUCUCCAGUGGCCAUUUGCUUUAAAAGCAAAGAAUAUACAUUCCGAUGUACUCAAUUUACAUUACUCACUUUGCGUUGUGAGAAUUUUUGUUUCACUCAUUAAUUUCAAUUCUUUUACAUGUUAAUCAACUUAAUUCAUUUUUUAAUAAAAUUUUUAAGAUAAAAAAGGCUAACCUUUUGCCCCAAAAAGGCUAAUCGAUGUAUAUUUGGCUCCCUACAAAUACAUUUAUUCCUCGUCACCACAGGCAUCUCUCUUCUGUGGCUACUAUGUGGUUGAUAGGCUCUAUUUCUGCCAAGUGCUGUCUUUAUCCUCCCCAAGAAGAGAUGACUGGACAAAUGCGUGGCCAGUUGUGUCUGUAACUGCUCGGGGAAGGAGUGCCAGCUCAUAUCUCAAGUAGCAGCUGGUAAUUGAGCGCAGGUGGUGGGCAGGUCAAACUGUUAUCAUAAAGUCUUACUUUUUUUAUUUCAGGAGACAAGCCAUGCCUUGGUCACCGUAGCAGUCCAGGAGGUCCAUAUACCUGGCUUACAUACAAUGAGGUACCUACUGCAUGGUACAUGUAUCUUUUACAGGUCAAAAUUAUAUACUCAGGUUAAAAUUUUUUAACCUAGGUUGAUUCUCAUUUUGCUUUUUCUCCUAACCCUUAAUUCAUGAAUAAUAAAGACUAGGAGAUAGAGAAUCAACCUAGGUUACAAAAAAAUUAACAUGGCUUUUUUUCUGACCUGUAACAUAUCCACUGUAAACUGUCUAAAACCUGUUCAUUCCCCGAAAUUGUGAAAUGCAAAAUUUACAGUAAGAAAAUCUCCUAAUUACAUUUUAUUUUUUUAAAAAUGCUCUAAUACCCAAAUAAAGAUCCUCCUGAGUCUGUAUGUACUUGCUCAUUCAUCUGGAUGAUUGAAUUCAACCUACUUAUCACUAAGCUUAACAUCAGCCUUACCUUUCGUAACAUGCUUGCAAUUAAUAGUUGUGAUAUUAUAUACAUUAUUAUAGAAAAUUAAUGAUGCACUUUAUUAAAAAAUCACGUUAAUUUGAUGCAUCUUAAUUUAUGUUGAUGUUAAUUUAAAUCACACUAGUAUACAUCAUUGUUGUUUUACAGCACCUUUAUUUCAAUAACAAAACCUCGUCUGCUCAUAGUUCCUCUGUCAACGCCUCGGAGUCACUAUCUGAUAAUUCUUUAAGAACUGAGUUCAGAAUGUCUUUCGACUGGUCUUCAUAUUGAUCCAUUUCCCUGAGGGGAUAGCUAACUUCUUAGUCUUUCUUCUUAAAAUUUCCAUGGCCCGUUCAUCCUCCCACUGCACAGUCACCUCAAUGUUGAGAAGUUUGUUUUGCAGCAAAUUCGCAUAAAAUAAAGUUAGGCACACAUUGUUUUCGAAAAUUUUGUGUGAAUUUGAUGUAUGUAACCCUAACUUUUGGAAAAUUCAGGUUAAUUUUGUGUAAUGUAAAUUUUCUUUGCGUUGUCAACAUGCUUCGGAAAUCCCCAUAAUAAUGUAUACCUGUAACUCCAUAUUAAUUUUACACAAGUAUAUGUCAAACCUGUAUAACAUUAAACCUUUAUCAAAGUAUUAAAAACUUGUCAGAUCUUUGUCAUCCCUUGAAAGAAAGUCAAGGUAAAAAAUUAAUUAUAAAUUAAUUUUAGCACCCAUUGUGGUCAGUUUUGAUUAUGCCUGCAGUGUACCAGAAUGUUUACUAGGUAAUUUUUAUAUUUAUUUCAUUUCAUUUAAUUUUUUUUUGCUCAAUGUAGGUCCUUGAACGUUCUACAGACACUGGCUCAGGGUUGAUAGAGCUUGGCUGUCACCCCGGUGAUGAUGGCUACACAUUUGUUGGUGUCUAUGCUCCAAACAAAAUUGAGGUGACUAAACAUUAUAACAUCUUUUCUGACUACGAAACAAACUUUUUUCUCAAUAAUAUUAUAUAGAUUUAGCCAGGGCUAAAAGUGAAGCUCUCAAUAAUAUCUAUAGUUUGCUCAAACAAAAUAUAAAGUCAUGUAAGGCAACGAGAAAGGUGAAAAAACAACAAUAGGUCUAAUUAGCAAAAAAGCAACUUUGUACGUGCAGCACACUUUUUCAUACAUUUCGUUGCCGUUGUUUUGCACGGCUACAAUGUGAAACUUCAAGAAACUCCCUGGUUACUCAUUUACGGAGGAAAUGUCACAAGUGUUCUUGUUCAUUUUUUUUUCACUGCCACUCAUUUUCACGCACCCUGGUGGCCACUAGCAUUUCUUAUUUUCCCACCACUGCUACAAAAUUCCAACAAAAAAAUGUCUCUUUUGUCUUCUAUCUCUCACUCUUUUUCUUGUUGGGCUUUGCUGGCCUGUUGCCUACUUUCUCUUUUUCUCUUUCUCUCUCUUUCUCUGUAUUCCAGAUUUGUGGACAUAACAAUAUUUAUUAAUCUAAGCUUAAUACUUUAGACAACAUGGAUACAGAAACAAUUUCCGCUUUCCGUUUUCAUCUUUAUUGACUCUUUUAAGUUGUCUCUGCUUCACAAGACGAGGGUGGCUAUGUGAUUUCCUCCCAAAAUAACCUCAAGUUGCCAUACCUGUAUUUUGGUUGAGUUAUUUUUCAUUGGUAUGCCUGUGGUGUGGAUGGACGGUUGGGCGGGUAGGCGGGCAUACAGCCACAUGACUACCAAAAUUUCUCGCGUGCACAGGUUACCAAAGUUUCUCACCCAUAGUGUUCCACUGUGUGUGCUUCACACAUGCGAGAGCUCCACUAAUAUUUUAUUAUUUCUACUGUCUGAUUGAUGAGAUUUUCAUGAACAUUAUGUACCAAUUUUAUUCUCAGCAAUAUAGUUUUUGAAUGGAGAGUUUAGUGCUUUUGUGUGGAUAGUUGAAUUGAUCCCUUUUCAAGCUGACAAAGUAAUUGUUUCUUAUUUGUAUUAUUUAUUUCAAGUUUUCAACAAGACAAAAAUUAAUGUUGUACAGCUUUUCUUUUCUUUGUAAUCUCACUUUAAACUCCUAAACUUUUCUGGUCUCUAGCAAAUUACAGUUUCUCUCUCCCGAUAAAAUUGUUGAAUUUAUGGUCAAGCCCAGACAUGCAUGGAAGUACAUUAACUUACUCGUGGUACACAUGGUCUUUCCCACAAAGCAGGGGUGAAGCGGAAAUCCCUUGCUUAUGGUUUCCCACUCUCACUAAUCAAGUCCAAGCGUGAAAGUGAUUUAUACACAGUCUUCCCCAACACUAUAAUACAUGUACAGCUGUACUGUUAAAAACAUUUUCCGUAAUUUCUACUGUAGACUUGCAGCAGUAUAUAGGACGACAGUAUCUUCUUUUAAGCCAGUUCAUUAUUGUUAUUUUUUAAUUUAAUACAUGUAUCUCCUGAUAUAUGCAGAGUUUGUUUAUGUGCAUUACACAUUAAAAUAAUGAAAAGCGAAGUUUUCAUUCAAACCUGUCAACAUGCCAUAUAUACAUUUCUAGUUAUAUCUUUUGUAUAAUUAGUAGAAAAACUGCUAGGGAUUCAUGACACUUAAUGUACAUGUAGUUAAUAUCAAGUUCUAUCACUCAGUCGUAUGGUUGUUCAUUUUAUUUUGUGGUUUUUUCUCUUUUAGUGGGUGUUUGUAGAGCAGGCAUGUAAUAUGUUCUCUCUCACCAUAGUUCCAUUGUAUGAUACCCUUGGCUUAGAUUCUUGUGUCUUCAUUAUCAAUCAAGGUAAGAAAUUAAUUUAUUAUCGUAAGCCUAUUGUCUAUAACAGUGUUAAGGUAUCAGCCACCCUUAAAAUUGCCAUUUUUCCAUAUUUGAGGUUUCAACGUUUUCAAAUAGAUAUGCUUGAGAGCUUUCUUUCAAAAAAAAAAAUCAGAAGAAAAUAUUAUUUCUGUCGAAAGAUAUCGGUGGUAAAAGAUUUUUUCUCGUUAAUUAUCUUAAUUGAUCAUUGACAAGAUCUGUCAUACCCGUGUCAUAUCAAUUAACUUGCCUGUGAACUAGUAACGUGAUUCCGCGUGCGUGAUUGGACACAACACGUGCGAAUUGUCUUCGCGUUGUUUAUAGCCUUUAGUAUUCUCCGUGGAUAUUUAGCGUUUGCUUCGGUGAAAAUGCCGCCAAGAAAAAAGAAAAGGUCGUGUCCGUUUUCGUCAUCAAAACCGAGAGCGAAAAGGAAAUCGAAUGGGCCGCAAAAUUUUAUCAGCAAGAGAAGUGGCUCGAGGAGUUGGAUAUUCAGAAAAGCGAAAAUGCUGCAGUUGCUGAGAGUGCAAGCCGCUCCAAAAUCCAGCUUGAAGAGCCAGAUGAAGAAAGCCAAUUAAGCUCAUCGACCGCAUCUGCUGAUGGAACGUGGAAAACAAUAAGCGGUUGAGCUAUCGUAUCGAGAGAAAAGCUGCUUGAGAAACUGGAUGAGUCUGUAUCUUGUCGAUUUUGCCGGGGAAGAGUCCAAGUCAUGGAAAAUGUAGCGACUAAGCAUGGACUUGGUUCUAUCUGGAGAAUCCAGUGUGAGAAUGAAAGCUGUCCGUCGCACAAGACAAAUUCUGUUUUUAAUUCUUCUGAGAAGAGCAGAGCGUUUGAAAUAAACUGGACCUCAGUUCUUGGCCUUCGAGCAAUCGGUGGUGGACAUUCGGCGGCUUCAAAAUUUUUUAGUUUCCUUGGCCUGGCGCCGAUCAACAAAUCAUACAAAAAAGAUCGAAGGAGAAACAAAACUUUUGCUCGAGAAAGAAUUAAACCGUGCUUCUCGUGUUGUAAAAGAGUGGAAGUUUUCCUGUUACAUGUUACCUGUCAAAGUCCUAUUGUUAGAGAAAAUUGAUCCCUCUCUGAUAUCAAUCAGAAUAAACAUUUAGGUGUUAUAAUCUCAUUCCAGGUAGGAUGCCGCCACAAAUGUAUUUUCUUUUUUAUCUCCGAACGCAAAUUUUGCCGAUCGACUCGUACGUUUUGAACUCCAAGUCGGCAGCCUUUCAAUCAAUUUGGCUAAAAUUUGGCCAGAGUGAUUCCUUAUAUCUCUUCUACAAAACCGUGUCUGUGAAUUUUAAUACUCCUUUUUAUUUUAAAGCUAGAGCUUUUUUUCCACAGGGAGUGUUGACUUAUUGCCUUCCCCAACUUCAUUUGCUAAUAAAAGAAAAACAAACGCACUUGUCAAAAAUCUGAGACACGGUUUUUGAGUGGAACAUGUUGAGAAGCAAAUGCGAUGUUAAUUGUUUUCUUCCGUUUAUUUCCGGCGGGAGUGGAACAUGAUUUAUAGAGACGUGUACGUUUACACAAAGCGUCCCAAUUUCGAAACACAUUUAAGUAAAUCGUUUUUGUUAGUUCAAAUCCAUAAUCUGGAAUUAUUAAGCUUUUAAAAAAUAUAUGGUUUAUAGGGGUUUUUAUAAAAACAACUGAUGCUACAGCGAUCUGCGCGCGGACGGUCCUGAAGGGUGGCUGAUACCUUAAUGACACUUACUUCAAUGGCUGGUUUCGUAGGGGAGGAGACACAAUCACAGACAAAAGUAGUUGGGAAGGUUGUACAAAUUAACGGUAGUUCAUUUUAAUCCUCAAAAAAGAGAGUUUUCUCUUUUGCUAAAUAUUCCCUGUCCCCCCUAUUCAAUGUUGGGAUGUAACAGAACAAUUACACGCACAAACAUUAACGUUUUGCUCAACAUUGGGCCAGGGGCAGGGGAAGGAAGGAAAAAGGGAGGUAGAAAAAGCAACCUUCCCAACACUUUUGACAAUGGUUGUAGGUUUAUUUUAUUGGAUAUUGUACAGUGUAUGCAUGCAAGAUGGCUCUGCAGGGUUGAUAAGAGACAUAGUGCUCUUGUGACUGUUUGGUAAUUCCAACCUAUAUUUUGACCAUUUUUUUGGCCUCCUCUGAGGGCUGGAAAAUAUCUUAAAUUCCAGCUUGUCCUUUAAGCUAGACUGAGUAUCAGGCAUUUCUGGGGGAAAAGGGGAAGGAGGGGAGCGAAAAAGGGAGAGAGCGAAAGGAGUAUUGUGUGUUAUCCAAUCACUGCCACAUCCAGAUUUUAGAUGUGUCACACAGUUUGCUGACUGAUUUUGUGUCAGGCCUUCCUUUCCCUCCUGCCCCUCCCCCAGCCCCUUUGGAAGGCCUGAUACUCAGGCUGCCUAUAAGCAAGCAGCUGAUCGAGCCUUACCCAAUGGGAAAGUAAGCUUUAAAAGUACAGUGAAACCUCUGUUAAGCGGACACCUUCACAACCUCCCUAAGUGUCGGCUUAAUAGAGGGUGUCCACUUAAAAGAGGUUUCUUAACAUUUGUGCAAUGUUUGUUAAUGAUGAACCUUCAACGGUUACUCUGUACUGUGUUAAAGUUUCAUGUUGUUAAGGAAGCUAAGGAGGCUGUGCUGUACUUUGUGCAAGACUUUUAGGUGAACUUUGAUCGCCAAUGACAAUGAUGUGGCCGGAUAUUAGUCUGAUCUACAGUUUAUUGACAGCUAAAUGUAUUGAUGUAAUCCAAUACUACUAUUUGUCAAUUCAGUCUUGUGUCUGCUUAAUAGAGGUUUAUAAGAAUAGAAACUGUCCACAUCAGCUUAAUAGAGGUGUCCACUGAAUAGGGGUUCGUUAUAAAGGGAAGUGUAAGACGUUAAUUUUGGGACCUGGCUUAGUUUCAAAAUAAUAGAGGAUGUCCACAUAACUGGGGGUCCGCUUAAUAGCUCUGCAAGAAAAUCUACUAGCUAUAGUCCUGGACUACUGGAUGAGAGUUUUCCAAGCUUCCUCAGUCUUGCAAUAUGAACAAUUGAAUUGAAUAUUAAAUGUUUGUUGUAUUUUAUUCCAAUUUAAAAUGUAGCUCAAAUGACAACAGUAGUCUGUGAUGAAAGCAAAAUCAAAAGUCUUUUGGAGCAGUGCAGUAAAUGCCCCAAGUUAAAAAAUGUGGUCAAGAUAGGAGCUCCUGUCACUGAUGAAGAGAAAGCUGCCGGGGAGAAAGCUGGUGUCAAAAUUAUCUGUUUCAAGGAAUUAGAAGUAAGUCAAUUUACACAUGCAUGUACAGACCUGUAGGAGGGGAGGGGGGAGAAGGUCCUUGUUGUAUAGAUACUGUCAUUGCCUUAGAAUGUAAAUGUACAUAGGUUUGGGAUUAUUACCCUAUCUGAACUCAGGAGCUUGCUUUGUUACUGCAUCAAGCAGAAAAUAUUAACAUAUAACACCAAUACUUAGGUGCCUACGCUGGAUCUCUGUGAUAUAUAAGUAUAUUUUUCAAAAUAGUGUUACUGACUUACAAGGCUCAAAAAUAAUGGUCAGAUACCUACAAUUGUGGCUACAUCAGAGAUAUACUGAGAUAUAAGAACUUGGGCUAUGUAUUCAGAUCCUCAAGCAACCAGUUGCUUGAUGAACCCAUGGCCAAUCUCAAAACGUAUGGCAAUAGAGCAUACUCUGUAGCAGGACUGAAACUAUGGAACAUUCUUAUUUCUAACAUUGGACAUUAGGCAAUCAUUAACACUAAUCUCAAGACUUAUCCUUUUAAGGCCGGCUUGAUUUUUUAAUUUUUAAUUCUUUAAUUUUUAUCCAGUACUGGUACAUGAACUUGAUUUAUCAUUUAUAGAUAAUGUAGUUUUUAGUUAACCUAAUUUAGAGAAAAUAAAUAAUCAAUGAUCAGUGCGUCAGGCCUCAACAAGAUACUUCAUAAGGGCCGUGUUUCAUACAUAAUGAUCAUCAUAAAUCUUUUGAGACUGUUUAGUACUGACCUGCCCACAGUAAGCAUUAAAUAAAGUAUUAUCGCAAGCUAGGUACCAUGAUUUUUGUUACAUUUUUGAAACAAUAUGAAAUACAUGUGUGUAAUAAUUGACUUACUGAUUAGGAUCUGGUUUCCCUCAUUUAUUGUUCGUAUCGACUGGAAUUUAAAGAAUCAAUAAGAUCUGUUGAGAUUAUGGAAUUUUAAAUGCUGAUCAUAGAUAAUUUGUACUUUUCUUUGUCAACACAGGACAUGGGUAAAACUCACAGACAUGAGAAGAAGGUAAAAUGUUACUUAUUUUUCAAUGAAAAAUUCUUGUCACAUUUUUGUCAUUUGUGCGACCUUUUUUUACCACAAAAUUGUUUGCUCCACCAACUCAUUAUUCCUCGAUUUGCUCCAAUAAAAUGCUAGCAUUAAAGUGUCAGAUGUCCAACCUUUUCACAUAAGUCACGUGUUAAAUUUACUUGAUCCAACUCAGGUGAAAUAGAAAUUAGUUUUAAGUUUUGUGUUCAGUUCACUCCUUUACUGUUUAGCAUCACAGUAACUGUUUUCAUUGAAAUUUUAACCCUAUCAUGCACUUUGUUAGCUUACAAAUACAGCUGCCGUUCCUUGCUACCAUGGUGAUGAUUUACAAAAAUGUUUACGUAUAAAUCUGGUGAUCAUGGGGUUCUAGAAAAAUUUGUUCUCCUGGUCUGUUGUUAUAAAGUUUUAUGUACUUCUGUGAACUGGCACCAGAAAAACUCUUGCAUGGUCCCAGAAUACUUGCUGAUUUUGGUAGGAUUUUAAAAUUACAUCUGAUCUUUGUGACCUUUUUUCUUUUGCCUGUCAUUCAUUAACAGUAGUUAUUUGAACAAGAGUAGUGUAAUGAUACAUUAUACUUUUUUUAAAUAGCUACUUACUAUGAAAACCAAUUAGGCUUCCUAACCAGUUUCUGUGAAGAAAAUCUUAAUUUGGAAAGUAAUUUUAAUUUCAAUUUAAUAAUACACUGUACAUACCUGUGAACUUUUCUAUUUUUUUGUCAUGAAUUUAAAUUUCAUCGUAAUUAUACAAGUCAUGUAACAGUCAAUAUUAUUGUUUUAAAGAGUGAUGGAAAAAUAAUUUUGUAAUAAUAUUUUAUUUUUGUGACAGCUUCCUAAACCAGAUGACCUUGCAGUUGUCUGCUACACUAGUGGAACAACAGGUACAUGCCACUGUAUUACAGACUUUGAUGUAGAUCCAAAUGUUCACUUGCAGAGAUGCCAACUUCUGGAGAUCUUAAGUCUAGAGAACUUUCCUUUUGCAGCCCUGUGCCCUGCAAUCACAGCCCACCCCACCCCCAACACACACAAGUCAACCUAUCCCCAAAUCUUAAUGUCAGUAUUGCUCAUGACAUGAAGCUUAAACUUCAUGACAUUAAGCUUCUGUGACUCGAAUGCUGCACACCUUAUCAUUACAUUCAUUGUCAGUGAUGAAAUUAUGCCACCGGAAACUGUGAGCCAUACUAUGGUCUUGAGAAGAAAAAUCAUUGUUGGAUUUUGGGGAAACUUUUUGGGCUAAAUUCCAAACUGAAGCAGAGAAAAGCAGAAAAGUCAACUUUAUCUUGGAUAAAAAGGAAAACUGGGAGAUUAGUACUGUAUCAAUGGGAGACUUCCGGAUCAGUCAGAGCUAGUUCAGCUGAAUUUUGCUACCCUAUACUAGAGUAAACUCCCAAAAUCCCCCUAUCCUAGAGUAGCUGUUUCCCCAGUAUAGAUAAAAUCUUCAACCAACUGAUCAGUUUCCUGAAAAAUGAUACCCUAUUCUAGACCCAAACUCUCUGAUUUAUAUACCCUAUCCUAGAGUAAACUGCUUGAAAACCAUACCCUUCACAGCGGCACAUACCCAUAUAGACCAUAUAUGGCAGUACCCCCGGUCUUUUUGUAAACAGAGGGCAAGGUUUCAGCUAGUUUGUAGGUUAUUUCUUAGUCAUCAGCCCUCCUUUUUGGCCGUUUCUCAGUUAUCAGCAGAAGUAUUGUGAUUCUUGGUAGCUGGCUGUUCCGUGGCAGUUGGUUUUACUUUUAGAGAAUUCCCUGUGAAUAGUUAAUCCCUGUUCAGAUCUUUGUGAUUUGUGAAUAAUUAGAUCAUGUAUUUAUUAUGAGUGAGAUUUUGACAGAAGUUAACUUUUUUGUGCAAUUUACCACUAGGGAAUCCCAAAGGAGCAAUGAUCACGCACAGAAAUGCCAUUGGAAUGCUUUCUGGUCUGGUUUAUAUUGUUGAACAGGUAAUUUGUUUUUUGUUGUACAUGUAGGACCAUAGCUAGCAAGAUACAAGAUGAAGGAUUUUAAUCCACAAUUUCUUUUUAAAAAUAGAAAUGAUUUUUCUCAAGAAGUAUCAUAGCCUGCGUAGCAGGUGUACAUGUGUGGAAGUAAUGUGCGCAGGAAAGGACAGGGCACCCAAGGGAGACAUGCAGUGGGAGAGGAAGCACCUGCCCAAGAGACCCAUGAAAAUUGUUUCCCAAUCCCUAUCCAAUUACCUGGCAGUCGCUGCGUGAUCUGUCAGAAAUUUUAACAGAAAACUAUUAACCUCGCACAAACAAAGCUAGCCUACAUUGAAAAAUUGGGUGCAGGAAAGAAUGGAGCGUGUGAAGUGGACUCACAUGUCUACCUUGUGCACCCCAUUCUUUCUUGUGCCCAUUACUUCCAAGUGCCUACUACAUAGGUUAGAAAUAUCAAGUUAAAAGUGCCAAGAAUAGCAUUUACAAUGGUUCUAGAGUUCAACUUUUCUUGGGGGUAUGCCCUCAGACUGCCCUGGUGGUGGACACCUGUGUGGAUCUGGUUGGGAUGGGGGAAUGCAGCAGGAAGUUAGUGACUUUGUUUCUGACAUGAGGUACAUGCACCAGUACCUUUAGUUCAACGAGAAGUAUAGCUUUUUUUGCAUCAAAGAAAAUUAUUAUUACUAUUUUGUGUAAAAAACUGUAAUGGAUGCAUCCAAGUAUGCACUGUUUCGUCUCAAAAAUUUGCUAUUUAGUAAUUCUCUUAGUUCCAUAAUAAUAUUAUACUAUACAUGGAGGAAAAGCAGUCAUCACAAACAUUCAUGGUUUAAUGGACUAGUGAACUGUAGUCUUUUUUUCCCCCUUGAAAUGUAUUAUUUUUAAAAUAAUUAACAGGAAACACAUAUAGUGUACACUAAUACCUAUAACUACCUUUUUCUCUUUUUCUUAGUGUGGUAUAUCUUUCAGUGAUAGUGACGUACACUUGUCAUACUUGCCUUUGGCUCAUAUGUAUGAGCGGCUGGCUCAAGUAAGUCUUACUGUGCACUGUACCAUCCUUUACCUUUCUUACAUCAUACACCAUUGUGAGAUCAAGGUAAAUUUAAUAAGUACCAUAUUUCCUCAAAUAACAUGCGUCCCUUGAUAAAUCGCCUCCCUCAAUUAAUCGCCCCCCUUUGACGGAAAUAUUUAAAUUCAUUGCCUCUUUCGAAUAACCCCACCCCCUGCUCCUCUCGCCAUCUUCUCUUCCUUUUAUCCCCUCCCUGUCAAGUUGAAGUGCAAUGUGAUCCAGCAAAACCAAUCAGUAACGAUUCAAGCAAUGAAAAUUAAUCAAGGAGCUCAAUUUGGAAAACUUAAAAAGCCCAUGUUCAGUUUAUUUGAUGUGAUUGUUUUUUGAUUUAAUGGGAAAAUAAAACAAAAUAUUUAGGGCACAACUUCCAGUGAGCAAUAUUUGAAAUAAUCGCCUCCCUGGAAUAAUCGCCCCCUUUUUGUGCGAGAAAAAGAAAUGAUCGCCCCUGGCUAUUAUUCCAGGAAAUAUGGUAUGCUAGGUGCCAUUAGCCGGCAAUGUGAUGGUGCCUGAGUGAAUGCCACUCACCGGGUUGUCCUCAGGGUCCGUUUAUGAAUUUCUUUUGAUCUAUGUCUAAUAAUGUUGGAAGAGACCUCUUAUUUUUAUAAGAAAUAGACUGCAAUACAGUCGGUUUUUUUCUUAAAAUCGGUUUUGCAAGGCACAAAACACCAGCGUGAUAAUUUUGAACGCAGCACAAGGGCCUCACCAGCUCUACGUGUGUGUGUGGCGCGAGAAGAAAAACCGACCGUAUUUUUCGCGUUUCUCCCCAGUCUCACUCCCCCUUUUCACUCUUACUCCACUGCUUGCGCUUGCGUUCAUAACCUAGGCAAAAAUAGGGGCUGUUUUGUAGUCUAUGUCAGAAAAAAGAUUAGCAAACCUUGAAUUAUAAUAUUCUGGAAACGGGUUAGGGUUUUCAACAAACAAGGUUUACACCUACUUCUAAUUAAACAGAGUUGGACUCCUCCCCUCCCCCUCCCCCCCCCCCCCCCUUACACACACUCUCCAAAGGGUUGGAAAGAAAUUUAUUUUAACUGUUUGAGAAUAUUUUAUUUGGAGUGAUCCCAGAAUCUUAUUUGAAAAUAUGUCAUUUGUCUCUUUUAAGCUGAUGAUAUUCACCUAUGGCGGUAAAGUAGGAUUCUUUGGUGGAAAUGUGAGAAACAUUCUGGAUGAUCUCCAAUCUGUAAAGUAAGUGAGCAAUCUAGAAACAGCUUGACAUGUACAUAUAACUGUUUGAUCAUUAUUUUUGUGCUUGUUUGUUUAAAUUGACACAAUCAGACUUUCAGUUAAGGUAGUUUUAUCCGUGUUGAUAACAUGGAAAGUACCAGAGUGACAGCUGACUACAAAAAUUAGGCUUGAAGCUGUGAGACUGAAGUAAUUAUCACCGUGGGGUUGCAUGCAAGAUCGUAGUUUAGACACUAAGCACAACUAUGCGCACAAAUUGAUCCCACUCUCCCCUCCCUAUCAAAAGUAAUAUUGUAUCUACUGUCUGAUGGAGCAGAAACGAAUUGUGGAGUUGCACACAUUUUAGGUAUUCCUACCGAUGAAUGGUUACAACAUUUUUUGGUGUAUUUGUUGUUUUAGUCACAAAUAUAACAUUAAAAUACAACGUUACAAAAAGUGUUAAUUAAAAUAUAAGUUAAUGUGACAAGGAAGCCUAAAGAAUCUGGGAGCUUAAUAGAGUGUUGCCCGUUUUAAAGACAGCAGUUGGAUAGUAGCAGAAGCAACAACCAUUUAUGGCCGAUCAACCAACAUUUAUGUUACUUUAUGAAUUUAUUGAUCUAUCUUACCUUGUAGACCCACUCUCUUCAUCUCAGUGCCCCGAGUGCUAAACCGGGUGUAUGACAGGGUAUGUAAUAGAGUAUUGCCCGUUUUAAAGACUAACAUAAUUUAGUAAAAUCUAACUACUGGUUUAUUAUCAAUGCUGCGUUCUUAUUGGUUGAGCUACAACUAGGCUAUAUAUUAUAGCCCACUAGUAGCGAAAAGCGCCAGCAUUUUGGCAGCAAAAAAGGAUUGUAGUCUAGCGUUAACUAGCCAAAGUUGUUUUGUCUCAAUUUUUUUGACCAACUAGUUGGAUUUUACUAAUUAAAAAAAAAAACAAUUAUUCCUCCUGCCCUCAUGGUCUCUGAGUCAAUAGCUCAUUUGGCCUUCGGCCUCAUGGGCUAUUGACUCAGAGCCCAUUGUGCUCGAGGAAUGAUUGUUAAAUAUUGCUCAGUUAGUAGGCGCGUUACGGAAACGCACGGUCAAACUUGUAACUAUCCUGUGAUCACGCCUUCCCUAUACCUCGGUAAUUAUGUCUUUCGUGUGUAAGAGGGUUUGAUGGAGGGAUUGUUCUGUCUGUUUUCUUAGGUAAUGAAACAAGUAUCGUCCAGUUCAAUAAAAAGCUUUCUGUUCAACUUGGCAAUGAGUUCCAAGAAGGCUGAAUUAAACAGGUGCGAAGUAGUUAUCUUCUCAUAUAUUCAGAUCGUUCAACAAAGAGAAGGUACCUGAGAAGGUACCUGAGAGUCUGCUGUAACCUAGAACUGUAGCCGAGUGCAGUGCGUAGUCAUGGCAACCCUGUGAGUGGCAUCCGCGCGAGCACCAUCACCCUGCUGACCAGUGGAACUUAAGCAUACUUAUCAUAUACUUACCAGUGUAGGAAGGGUGGGGUAGGGAGCAGAACUCUUUACAAGCUAACUAGAAGAACGUAAGCAUACUUACCGUAUACUUACCAUAAGGAGGGAGGGAGGGUAGGGAGCAAAACGCUUUACGAGCACGGGCAACGUCAAGCGACGCGAACGGUUUGAUCUGACCUGACCUCAACAGAGAAGCCAUAAAUUUCCGGAGGCCCAUGUGAAGCUAUUCGAUCAUCCCCGUUAAUCUCGAACUAAACACUGCCGGCCAGCAAUAUGGAGUGUGAGCAAUGGCCUUUUUAAGCGGACUCCAAUAAACUGGAAGUGAAGGCUUUUCCCUUCUAAAAUAUCUUGACAGUACCAAAGUCAUUUUGCGAAGUGUCUUUACUCUUAUAGAGACGCGCACGAUUUCCCGAAAAUUUGGACAAAACCACUGCCCAAGAAUCCAAAAAGUCCACUUCCACUGGUAGACCUGCGUAGCAUUGCAAAGACGUCCUUUCUUAAACUCCUUAUUGUUGUGUUGUGUUUAACUUAGCCUUAAUUUAAUUUAGACACACGUAGAAUUAUUUUUACGUGGAAUGUUUUUCACUGACCUUAAAUAUUUGAAAGUGUGAAAGGGACUGGUCACAAGUUUAUGGUUGUUGUUGUUGUUGUUGUUAUUAUUAUUAUUAUGUUCAUUCCUUGUCGACUCAGGCAGGAUUUUCGGCCUGGUUUAUAGUCCUUGGGAUUAUCAAGUCAUUCUUAUUUUUAGGAACACUACUUUCCUUAGUAUCUUUGCUGUUCCCAUUGUUUUCUGGAUUAUUAUUAUUAUUAUUAUUAUUAUUAUUAUUAUUAUUAGUAGUAGUAGUAGUAGUAGUAGAAACUGAAGCGGGUUACUGGUCCUAAGUAGUCUUUUGAUCACUGUCCUUAGGAAUAUUAUCCGAAGAGACAGUAUAUGGGACUACCUGGUGUUUAAAAAAAUACAGGUUAGGCAUAGUUCUUUAUGAUUUACUUUUUGUUGAUGUUUGAGUUUUUUCAAUGUUGAUCUUGAACUGAAAGAGAAACUCAAUAUUAAAUAUAUUUUCCGUUCUUCUAUUUAUAAAUGCAAACGAAGAUUGCAAUUUAAAUUCAUCCACACACUUUUGCAGAAUUCUCUUGGCGGAAGAGUGCGCAUUCUCAUCUCUGGAUCAGCCCCACUUCGCGACGAUGUCAUGAUUUUCCUGCGCUGUGCUCUUGGUUGUCAGGUAAUUAUUUGGCUGCCUGUGGCAAAUUUCAUUCUAGUUGCAUGUACCAUGGGCGACAAAACUGUACCCUUCCUUCCACCUCUCUUUUGAAAGUUGGAUGUUAGUGAUUUCCUUGAAGGCUUGAGGGCUGGGUUGUUCAAAACUGGGUUUUAACCGAGGGUUUGAGCUUAAAUUUGAAUUCAGAUUUGAAAGCUUUAAAGGCAAAUUCAGCUCUGCAAUCUGAUGAUUGGAUGCUCUAAAAAGAAUUACGAAAAUAUCGGGAAAAAAGCUUUUGAACAAAUAAAAAAGAAACCGUGAUUAAAAUUUAACCCCGGGUGGGCGCUAAUCGGCCUUCAAACAACUCGGCCCAGGUAGCUUGAAUAUCGGCACAACAUUGUUUAGAGCGGGGUGGGGAAGGAAACCAUUUUUUUCCCUUUGACGAAGGUACUAUCGGCUAAACUUGAGAAAUGUCAGUGAAAUGUCAACUAGUUUUGUCGCCGAUUAUUUAACUCGAAAUCUGACUUUUAUGGAGCAGGGUUCUGGUUACCGGAAUGACAAAGAUCGGCCGGGUUCAAUUGGUUGGAAAGCGAACCCAAAUAUAUGAAAGAGCACCUAGGCCUGAUUAAGACUGUGAAAUUUGAGCGUGAUUAGAGAAAAGGGAAUUCAAUGAAGGACCUUGGAAAUGAAAGGGCAUCGUAUGGAUUAAUGGGGAAGGGUCUGUCCUUCCAACCAUUUUAAAAGGCACAGUGUCUUUACAUUGAAGCCAACACUCAGAUUUAGUAAACCGUUCCCGAUUAUUGCGCCUAUAAACGGAUUAAUAUUUUAACGCCCUUUCCGAUGACGGGCCUCAGUUAAUUUUCCGAUCCAAUUUGAUUUAAACAUUCGUCCUAGCCCUCUGCGCGUAGCGUAACACUAUGGGUAAGAACAUUUGGUUAUCUAUGUAUUCAAGAAAUUUUGGUUCUGAGAAAAUUGUCUGUACGCUCGUACGUUUACCCCUUCAUGUAAGCCGGAGUGAAAUUUUACAUUUCAAACACCCGCACGUUUCGGCGGUAAAUCGCAUGGCCACCCGGACUUUUAGAGAAGAAAAAACUAGCAACAACAAAGCUGGUUCUUUCUUUCGACUCGAUUUUAAUGUCCACACUGACGUGGAUAACAGAGAAAUUGCUAGAGCGAGGGAUAAAAAAACAAGGAAGGAGAAGAAAGAAAAACAUGAAAAUUUUAUCGCGGCGGUGAGAAAAUGAGAAAUGCAAGCGGCCACCAAGGUGAAAAUUAGCGGCAGCGAUAAAAAGGUGAACAGGAACACAUACGACUUUUCCUCCAUAAAACGUGUAACUAGGAAGUUUCUGGACGUUUCACGUUGUAGUCGUGCAAAACAACGGCGAAGAAACGUACAGAAAAGUGUGCUGAACGAGCAAAGUUGUUGUUGUUGGUUUUUUUUUUUUGCUAAUUUUAACCUACCGGUAUUGAUUUUUUUUUUUGCCGUUUUCGUUGCCGUCGCGGCUUAGCAUUACAUGAUUUUAUAUUUUGUUUGAGUAAACUAUAAAUAUUAACGAGAGCUUCUCCUUUAGCCCUGGCUAAUGACUAAUUGAACCAAAAUUUAACAUGCCCACGCAAAAACUUGUUGAGGCUCACUCGUAUUGGGAAGGAGAGUUCUCUCAACAUUUAUACUGUAUGUCUGAACCUCCCUGUUUUCUAAUCAGGUGCUGGAAGGUUACGGUCAGACUGAGACAACGGCUGCUGCGACCAUACAAAUGAUCGGCGAUCAAACUUACGGUGAGAAAAAAAAAUUGUGGAAAUUCAGAUUGAUCAUGACCAAUUGACCAUGAGUAAAGUUGUGGUACUAUUCUGUGCGAAUUCUGCGGCGUAAUAGCUGUCGAUCAGCUCCUAGAGAGUGAGUAGAGAUUGUUGCGGUGUCUAGUUGUUACUAGAUUUUUGGUAAAACAAUUAGAUCACAGACUAAGGGCUUCAUAUCUGCUGCAUUAUCAACUAUCUGCCGAUCUAAAUGGAGUGUGAACUUCUAACUAGUCAGCCUGUUCCAGGCUCUCAGAUAGUAAGGAUGGCGCGCAAGUGUAAAAUACAACACAACUGUGUGACAUUGUACAUAAAAUCUACCGGAGCCACAUAGGCUUGUCUCAAAAGUAACAAUGACUACCUUCAACGUUGUGGAUCGUGGUAAAAUUGGUAAGUCCGUCGAAUUCUCUCAGUAUUUAUUACUGUAUUUUUGAUAAUAGGUCAUGUUGGUCCGCCACUUCCAUGCAACAAGAUAAAGCUUGUUGACGUACCUGAAAUGGAAUAUUUUGCCAAAGAUGGCAAAGGAGAGGUGAGCAAGUUAAGACGGAGCAAUUUAGGUUCCUGGGAAACUGCCCACCUACCCCUCCCUUAAGCUGAUAUUAACACUUACUUCUCACUUAGGGCAAAAUGUUGGGUUAGGGGAGGGGUAGGUGGGCAGUUUUCCAGAAACGUAAAUUGAUCCGUUAAGACUAUUAUGUUCACACUAUAGAGUACUGAAGUGUGACGUCACAAAAAAUUAAAUUUGUGAAAUUAUGAGAUUUGUCAAGAUAUUCUGAAAGAACAACGCCCAAGACGCCUACUUGCCAAAAAUUAGCCUUGUGGGGCAAAUUGUCUCUGAUAUAUUACCCCAGUUAUGUUUUGGUGACUCCAUACAAAUCCUCCUAAAUUUGGCUUGGGUCUAAACGUUUAGACCCAAGUCAUAUCGCCCAAAAAACAGGACUAAUUCAUGGAUUCGAGAUCAAAAAUCCAACAAACACAUCGCAGACGGAUAUAAAAAGCUAUUUCGUGCCUUUGUACGCGAGGCUGUACAAAUGUUAGUGCCAAAAAAAACCUUGCGGUAAGUCACUUACCGCUGGAAGCCCUUUCUGCCGUUCAAACAUGAGCUGCAAACUGCAAACGCGACCGCAAGACCGUGACAGUCACGUGACAUUUUGCGGUUUACGGUUGGCGGUUUUCCAUGAAAAACCUGAUGCUAAAGGUCUCUAUUAGUGCCCUUUAUACGAGAAAAAAUAAGACGCGUCUUUCAUUAGACGUAUAAACGGCACAUUGAAACGCGACUUAGCAAAGACGCGUCUUAUCGAAGGAUAGGUGUUAGGGGCUGUUCUUAGAUAAGACGCGUUUUAGCUAAAUUUCAAACGAAAUGUGCCGUUUAUACUGGAUAGUUUGAGUCCUAUUUAGGACGCGUCCUAUGUAAGGCGCUUCUUAUUUUUCCUCGUAUAAAUGGCUUAUUGUUAGCUGUAAAGACCAAUUAAAGCCAAUUAGAAAAGGGUCCCCUAAGUAUCUGUGAUUGGCCUCGCAGACACAAAAACCGUGGCUCGUUUCUCAAAUCUGAAAAAAAAAAUUACAGACAGCCACGGAACCCUCGCUAGUAUCUUAUCAAUAGAGGUGACCGCUGAACGUAAGUUCGCUUUGCAGAAAUAUAGGGAGACUCGCUCUAUAGCUCCAAACUUUUUAGAGAACCGUGAUUUCCAGCAAGGUCAGGAAGGGUCUCCUGUUUGACGUCUCAAUUUCUUUGUUGUUUCUACACGGGAAUGGCAUUCGCUCGACCGCAUUCACGUUUUGCCGUCUUCAAUCUUCUAAUCUUUAUUUUUGGUUCUUUCUAUACGUCGCAUGUCAGAUUUGCUUUUACGGACCGAACGUGUUCAAGGGCUACCUUUAUGACGAGAAGAAGACAAAGGAGGCUAUUGACGAGGAUGGAUGGCUGCAUUCAGGCGAUAUUGGGGAGUGGCAACCGGUUAGUGAUGUCAUCUUUGUAGCGACUGCUGAAGAACUUAUUAGUGUUAUUGCAACAGCGUAUUUUCGCCGUGUCAAGCGUUACAGUUAGCUUGUACAACGUUAUAAACUGUACCACAGGAAAGUACUGCUCUAUGGCAUUCAUUUGAAUGGACACACUUUAGGAUUUCAUUUACAGACUUGAAAGUGACAACAACCUUGCACAGCAUAAUAAACAGUACCACAGGAAAUCACUGCUGAGUACCGUUCAUUUGAAUGGUAGACUGCAAAACAGUCCGCAUUUUUGCAUAUUCAAGUACGCGCGAGCAGUCAAACAAAAGGUCUGGAACGAGGCUGAAAACAGAGAGCGAGACUGGGGAGAGACGCGCGCGUAAGACUCUUACGCCACGCUUUACCGAUUUGUUUACUGAUUUUGAGAAAAAAACCGACUAUUUUGCAGUCCAUUUGAGUGGACACACUUUAGGAUUUCGUCCAGAGACUCAAAAGUUAGAACCACCUUGUGCAGCAUAGUAAACAGAACCACAGGAAAUCACUGCUCAGUACCGUUCAUUUGAAUGUUCACACUUUAGGAUUUCGUCCACAGACUCAAAAGUUAGAAUCACUUUGUACAACGUAAUAAACAGUACCACAGGAACGUACUGCUUAGUAUCGUUCAUUUGAAUGGUCACACUUUGGGAUUUUGUCCACAGACUCACCAGCUCGAAUCACCAUUUACAGCCAAGUAAAUAUUGUGUCAGAAAAGUAUUGCUCAUUAGGUUUCAUUAGAAUACUUGUAUAUAAUAGUAACGUUUCAAGGUUUCAUCUUAAGUCUCAAAAGUCAAAACAAACCUCGUUUAAUGAUAGCUUCUUUGCAAUUAUCGUAUUUUGUGAAAUCCAAAAAUCUGGCCCUCUGAUUGGCCGUUUUUCAUCGAGUCCUCAGUCCUUAUCUCUGAUUGGUUAUCCUUUACUAUUCUCAAGUUCGAAAAUUAAAGCUACAGUACGCACUUGACAAGCAAAGUAGAAGAUUUAGUGUAGUGCUUUAUUAAAGUUCUUAUUCGGUAUUUAUAGAAGUUACAGUGUUGUUGAUUAAUUUGAAUUUUGUUAUAUAUAGACAUUUUUUUUCAUUUUGUAUUGCAGAAUGGAACUUUGCGGCUGAUUGACCGCAAAAAGCACAUUUUCAAGCUUUCACAGGUAAACACGGUCAUCGCUGGAAGAAAGAUGUUGUAGACGUUUGACAUAGAGCUUUCAAAGGUUGAUGCUUGUAAGCUCUUCGAUAAUUCAAAUUAUUUUUCUAAAGUUUUGAUUGGUCUAGGGAUUAUUACGUCACCAGCAGGUAACCAUUCUCGUCCCCAGAGCUGCAAUCAAUGUGGCGAUCGCGGAUUUCCAGUCUCUGCGCAACCUCAGAAAUGUGAAACAAAGCGGUUGCCAUUGGUUACAAAAUGGGAAGCUGUUGCGCCUGCGUGUUAUCUUGGUCUCAGCAAGAGCUCUCGAUCUGUAGCGCAGCCCACAACGAUUGCAGCUCAGUGUGAGGACAAGAACGGCAGUUAAUUACAUUGGCUUUUCCUCCGGUUACUCCGGUUUUCCCCUCUCCAUAAAAACCAACACUUCCAAAUUCCAAUUCGAUCUGGAACGCACGGACACGUUUCAACGAGUUCUUAAGAACUCUUAAGUGCUUCGUGGGUAAACAAUUACAAUUUACAACUGGGCAUUGGUCUGUUCACGCGCAGCGGAGUGAGUACAUAGUUUUGCUCUGCUUGAGCGCCGUUUGGUCUCUGUCUUUGGGAAACAGUGGCUCCCUGCGUUUCUUACAAAUUACCGAACAUGUUGCAGCCUCUGGUAGAUUCAUAAAAAUAAAUCAUUGAAUUUUUCUUUGGCGUCGUCAAUAAUUUCUGUUUUCUCCACUGAUUUUAAGUCACGAUUUCUUACUCAGCAUUGCCCGGUAAAUAGGGAGCUUAAGCAACGACAACGGUGACGGCAACUGAACGAAGACGGCAAAAAUACAAUAGGUUAAGAUAACUCUGCACGUGCAUCACGCCUUUUGUGUACAUUUCUGCACGACUACGACGUGAAAAUGCCUAAUUUCACGUUUUUUGGAGGACGUGGACUCAAGACAACGACUUUCUUUCUCUUUUUCUGAACUUCGAUAGAGUUUUUAUGAAUUAAACUCCAGAAAAAAUUGCCAACAUUUGACGAAUCAAACGAUAUGAAAUAAGCGCAAUGAAGUUUGAAGCAGCACCACCUCAAUUUUCAAGGGACGUUUUCGUAGCCGUUGUCGUCGUUAUUGCUUAAGUUCCCUUUUUUUUAUUGUGUUUCUUCAGGGCGAAUAUAUUGCACCAGAGAAGAUCGAGACAGUUUAUACACAAUGCCCGAUGGUUCAUCAAGUUUAUGUACACGGAGACAGUAAAAAGGUGGGUCAAUGAUCGUUUUAACUGUAUGCAGUAAUUCGAGACAAGCUUCAAACUGAUUCGCUGAAUCCACUAAUGAAUCUUACUGAACAGUGAUGGACAUAGCACAAUCAAGGCUCUCGUAUGCGACCAUCUCGGGAAUCCAUAGAAAUGCUCGCAAUUAGAGCUGGUCGUUGUCAAGAAUGAGCUUUCGUAAGCGUCCAUGUAAUCAGCUUAUUGAGGUGUCGCUUACGAGAGCUUCUCGCAAAAAAGCUUGUGAUGUCAUCGUUAAUUACCGUUACCAUAAAAUUCCGAAAAAAAGCCCAGGGGCUUAUAUUUUUCGAGGGCUCUUUUUGAGGAGCUUAUCUUUGGAGGGGCUUAUGUUCGCGGGGGGCUUAUCUACGGAGGGAAAAUUGCGUUUCACAAUCGAUCGAGCUAGCCUUAAAACUGGAAGGAAAUUUACCGUUUUUGCUUUGUUUUGCUAUGUAUUUAAGGACAAUUUCUAAUUUGUAGUCGUGUCAAUUCGAACCCCCAGGGUUUAGUUCUUUGCCAUCGAAACCACUUAAUCUUUUUUGCUGUUCGAAUAGCAUUACUUCAGUUUUCCUUUUUUGAUUUGAGGGGCGAUUUAAUUGGAUAGUUUUCUGAAACCAUCUGCGUAACUUAGAAAACGGAGCACCCUCAUCAAGACUGUCACUCUUCCAAUCAUUUACUUUUGUUGUCUUGUUUCUAAUUUGCUAUUUUUCCUCUUUUGCCUGUAGUCUUGUCUUGUCGCUGUUGUUGUUCCUGAACAUGAUUAUGUCAAGAAAUGGGCGGAAAAGAAUAACGUGGAAGGAGAGAUGGAUUCGUGGUGCACAAACGAGGUAUGUUCUUUUCCCUGUUUGUUUUCUAGCUUAGUGAAGGGCCUCGUAGUACGACAUAUUGGGGAGCUUAAACAACGACCGUGGCGACGGCGACGGCAACAAGAACGGAAAAAAGUAACAGGUUUGAAUUAGCAGAACAACGAUUUUGCACGUGCAUCACGCUUUUUUGUACAUUUCUCGCCGUCAUUGCACGACGUGAAAAUGCCUAAUUUCACGUUUUGUAGAGGACGUGAACACAAGACAACGACUUUCUUUUUCUUUUCCUGAACUUCGAUAGUCUUUAAGAAUUCAACUUCAGAAAAAGUUGUCAACAUUUGUCAAAUUGAGCGAGGUGGAAUAAGCGCGAAUAAGUUUCAAGCAGUUUUAAGUGCCGUUUUCAAAGCUGUCGCUGUCGUUGUUGCUUAAGGUCCCUAUUUCCGCUGAAUAAACGGUCAUUCAGACCGUUCAUGUAGAUCAACAUUGCCAUCUGAUCAACAGAAAACGAGAAGUUCUCGUUUUCCGUUGAUCAGAUGACAGAAAGCCUGGCCCACCCUUGAGUCUAUACGUUUUCUGCUUUUCUUUCUUUUUCUAUUCUUCGUUUCUUUUCCUUUAUUAUGAUGAUUUUUUUGUUGGGGAAGUGGAGGAACGUUACCUUCAUUUGAAGGCUUCUGCUUUUAGCGGGGACAACACAUGUUGAUUACUCCACUAACAGCUUUGUGUUAUGUUUUUGGUGCUCAUCCCUUGAAAAACAAAACCUUUUGUAAUAUCCUAUAAAAUGUGAUACUUUGUUUGAUAAGUUGUCUUCUUCUUUUGUAGAAUGUUAAGAAGGCUAUUUUAGAUCAGAUGGUUGCUGAAGGCAAGAAAGAACAGCUGAAGUCGUUCGAGCAGGUAAUAAUGAAUUUUUAAUAGCUGAUGGUUGAUUGUCUGUCCAGCCAUGUAUGGCAAUCUUCACAGUAAAAGAACGCAAGAAUUUAAACCACAAUAGCUGGUCCUGAAGGGAAAUAAUUAUAGUCAGUUCCUCUCUAUGAAAGGCUCCUUUGGGCCCGGUUUUGUCCCUCUUAGAGCGAUGGCGGCCUUAAAGAGAUGCGAGGUCGACGUUCUCUGGGCGUUCAUUUUAGGAAGGUGUCCAUAGGAGAGAGAUGAUUGUUAACUUGAGACUUUUGGCGGGAAAAGUUUCAUUGUUUGAUGUCAUGUGACUUGAAGUAGCCAGUAAGAGGGCACGCUGUCGGGGAAAAAAUCCAACGAUUAACGCAUCUUCCUAUAGCUGAAAAUGCCCGUUUUGGAUAUUAGUGAAUGAGUGCGUCAGCUCUGAACUGUCUGACUGCCAGAAUACAAUUUCUUGGAAACUUCCUGGCUUGCGUGGCAGGAAUUAACACGAGAAAAAAUUCCUUUUUUUCGCUCACUCUCCAAACUUUCUACGGUCAAAACACAGUCAACUUUUCUUUCGGGUAGCGCUUUCUUGGUCGCGUAAAAAUGCUUCCUUUUAUUGCGGUUCAAAAUUUUGCCUGAUGAAAUGUAAGCCCUGAAGAGUGAUAUUGCAAAUACGGGAACUUGUUAUUUUCACCCUUAAGAGAGCUAGCUUAGACAAACGUUCCUCGUUAUACACGCUUCUUCUAGGUGAAAGCGAUUGCACUCACGCCAGAGAUAUGGACAGUAGAUAAUGGCCUGCUCACGCCAACACAGAAGUGUAAACGGCCCGCCGUAAAGACCCUAUUCACGCAGACAUUUGAAGACCUUUACAGUACAAUCCCAGAAUGA